GAUAUAGUUAAUUAAUGACAAAUCUUAAUUAUGCAGGUACAUUGUUGUUUAAUAUCCAAUAAGAUAGGAAAUAAAUGGAAAAACAUAAAUUCACUAAUAAACACCUAGAUUUAGCCGAAGAUUCAGACUGUUUUCACAAGAAUAAAAAACUUAAAAUUCAAAAAUCACCAAAUUUAGCUUCUUUAAACAUUAUAAUGCCUAAUAAUAUUAUAAAUAGCCCAAAUACUAUAUAUUAUCAAGGUAUAUCGAAUGAUAUUUUUAAUAAGCAAUCAAAUUUUUCAAACCUUAUAAAUUCUAAUGGAGUUAAAACAUCAAUAACAAAUAAUAAAAUUGGAAGUGGGGCAAAGAAACUUAUAAUUAAAAAUCUCAAAGACAAGCCAGAUACACAUAAUAAUUACCAACCUGAAAUAAUGAAUAAAUUAAAGAAUGCAAUCAUGGCUGUAAAUGAAAACCGUGCUGUUAAGUGUACAUUGGAAGAAUUAUACCAAGGUGUUGAAAUUUUAUGUGCUCAAAAUAUGGCACCACAGUUAUAUCAAGAACUAAAAACUAUAUGUGAAAAUUAUGUUCUGUCAAAUAUAGAAAAAUACAAGGGAGAAUUUAUGGAUUAUAACAGCUUCUUAAAUAAUUUGAACACUUUUUGGGGAAAGUUUUGUCAACAGAUGAUAAUUAUCAGCAACAUAUUUUUAUAUCUUGAUAGAUCAUCUUAUGUUUUGCAAAACACUAUGAUACUCAAUAUAUGGGAUUUAGGUCUAGAAUUGUUUCACAAACACAUAAUGUCAGUUACCGAUAUUUUAAACAGAACCAUAGAAAGUAUGCUAAAAAUUAUUGAAAAGGAAAGACAUGGUGAAAAUGUUGACAGAACACUCCUUAAAAACUUAAUAAGAAUGUUAUUAGAUCUACAAAUGUAUACUUCAAGCUUUCAACCCGCAUUUAUUAAAGCUACCGACGACUUAUACGACAGGGAAGGACGGCAAUACAUCAAUGAGUUGGAAAUUCCAGAUUAUCUCAACUACGUUAAAAAGAGGUUGAACGAGGAAAAUGAGAGAAUUAUUCAUUACUUAGACCAUUCCUCCAAAUCCUUAUUAAUACAGACCGUAGAAAGAAGAUUGUUGGAAGAUCAUCUUAACUUAAUGUUAACUAAAGGUCUGGACUCAAUGCUCAAUCAAAAUAGGUAUUCAGAAUUGGCUUUAAUGUAUCAAUUGCUCUCUAAGAUUCCGAAUGGGCUUAAAGAACUAUGCACUCAUUUUUCAGCAUAUAUAAAAGUUAAAGGGCGAGAAUUAGUCAUGGAUUCUGAUCAGGACGCAUCGAUGGUUCAGGAUUUGUUGGAUUUCAAGGAAAGAUUAGAUGAUUUGAUCGAGGACUGCUUUGAUUAUAAUGAAAAAUUUACCCUCGCCGUCAAAGAAUCGUUCGAAAAUUUCAUCAACCAAAGACCCAAUAAACCCGCCGAGCUUAUCGCAAAAUAUGUCGAUCUCAAACUAAGAGCCGGCAAUAAGGAGUCAACUGAAGACGAAUUAGAAAAAAUUUUGGACAAAAUUAUGGUAAUUUUCCGUUUUAUACACGGCAAGGACGUAUUUGAAGCAUUCUACAAAAAAGAUCUGGCAAAGAGACUACUAGUCGGUAAAAGCGCAUCGGUCGAUGCCGAGAAGUCUAUGUUGUCCAAACUCAAACAAGAAUGCGGUGGUGGAUAUACCUGCAAGCUAGAAGGAAUGUUUAAAGAUAUGGACCUCUCAAAAGACAUUAUGAUCACCUUUAAACAAUAUUUAAAAAAUCAUCCCUUAUCCGAGGACAUAGACUUGACAGUAAACAUCCUAACUAUGGGAUAUUGGCCCACUUAUGCACCAAUGGAAGUUGUUAUGCCACCUAAGAUGUCUGAAUAUCAAGAAUCUUUCCAAAAAUUUUACCUGAAUAAACAUACGGGCAGAAAGUUAAGAUGGCAGUCUACCCUUGGCCAUUGCGUAUUAAAAGCCAGUUUUGAAAAUGGCUCAGUUAAAAAGGAGUUGCAAGUUUCUUUAUUCCAGGCUUUAUGCUUACUUCUUUUCAAUCAACAAGACCAACUAACAUUUGACGAAAUAAAAAUCGCGACCUCAAUAGAAAUUCAAGAAUUAAGACGGACGUUGCAAUCUUUGGCUUGUGGUAAAGCCAGGGUUUUGAAAAAGAUUCCCCAAGGAAAAGACGUCGAAGAAACCGACGUGUUCGCUUAUAACCCCAAAUUUAGCCAUAAACUUUUCCGUAUCAAAAUAAAUCAGAUUCAGAUGAAAGAAACGAAAGAAGAAAAUACGUCGACUCAAGAAAGAGUUUUUCAAGACAGGCAAUACCAAAUAGACGCGGCGAUAGUGAGAACCAUGAAAACGCGUAAAACGUUGACGCACGCUUUGCUAAUGUCGGAGCUUUAUAAUCAACUUAAAUUUCCUGUCAAGCCCUCAGAUUUAAAGAAAAGGAUCGAAAGCUUAAUUGAAAGAGACUACAUGCAUAGAGACAAAGAAAAUUCGAACACUUAUCAUUACGUAGCAUAACAUAAUUAAUUCUAAAAUUGUCUUGUACCUUUUUUAUAUAUUUUGAAGAGAAAAUAAAUGUGAAUAAAAAGAACUUAAAAUUAUUUUUUUUGCGCAAAUAAAACUAUGAAUUAGUCGAUUUUAUUUUUACACCGCGACACGUAAAUUAU